UGAUGAUUUAUCUGUUUCAUAUAAAAACCGGAAUUCACCCGUUCUACAUUAUUUACAAGAGAUCAACGUAUCUGUUACUUGCUUGUUAGGCUUAAUAGAGGACAUCACCAUGCGUUUCAUCAUAGCUUGCAGUAUGUUGUUGGUUGCUGUGUGGGGGGCCGAUGCCAUGUCACAGAGUCAGAUUAUGGAAUGUGCUAUGGUUGCUAUGGCACCAGAAGUGCAACAGUAUUGUCAACAAGAGCUGACCUCCAACCCAGCAUUCGGAAAGCUUUUGCAAUCUGGAAGACCCAUGUGCGAAGUCAUGCUCGAAGCCACAGAUAUGUCCCACAGUUGCAUCUCUUCCCAAAUCAAGUCUAAACCCAAGUGUAACGACCCUGCUAUCGAUUCAAGUCUUGAACAGGGAAAAGCCGUCGCAAGAGAGACGAUCGAAGCGUCAUAUUGCAAAAAAGAAGAUAAGAGGAGCGUGGACGACCUGGAAGCAGCACAUAUUGCAGAGAUUGCUGUCAAUACAGUUGCCGCAAACAUCUAAGAUGUGAACGCAAACUUUUUUUGGCUUUGGCUUUGUAAAUGAUCAAUUACUUAAUGAAAUAAAUCAUAUUUCAAAAUACU